AUGCAUCGUGGCCAACCCGGAUACACUAACCCACCAGACGUCCAUGCAUAUCUGAGAACGAGCAGGACACCGGUCGCAGCAAAAGCCUAUUGCUAUGAGCUUUCAUGUUUAUACCCCGCUUCGCUCUGCCUUCAUUCGGUACUACGGCUGCAGGCAGACUUUGUUUCUGAAAGGAUUCAAGAGAUCGCCAAGAGCGCCGUUUCUCAGGUGCUAGGCGACGCGGUUUAUUCUAGCGCGAAGAGCGGAGAAUGGUGCACUCAAAUAUCGGACAACUGCCUUAAGGAGCUCACGAAACUAAACAAGCCAUUCAAGUUCUUAGUGACUUGCGUGUUGAUGCAAAAGGCAGGCGCUGGGCUAUGCACUGCAGCGACCUGUUUUUGGGACUCUAAGACUGACGGACUGUGCAGCUUGCAAGUCAAUGGGGAAACAUUUAAUUGCAUUGUAACUAUAUAUCUGUGUCAAAUAUGA